UACAUUAUCCCCUACACCACGCAGGCUAAAGUUCUGAUCCAGGCUCUUUGGAGGAAUGAGCAAGGCUGGGAUGAGCCCAUCACAGGUGAACUCCUCUCUGUAUGGCAAGCAUGGGAGAACGAGCUAUCUCAUCUCCAUCACAUUAACAUGCCUCGGUGCUACAUGCCAGUCAGCAUUGAUCCUGAGCACUCUCCUGUGGACUUGCAUGUUUUCUGUGACGCCUCGGAGAAGGCGUAUGGAUCCGUAGCCUACCUGCGUGCCGAAGGGAAUGAAGAACAGGUGCACGUGUCAUUCGUUAUGUCCCGAUCUCGUGUUGCUCCACGGAGACAGCUCUCCAUGCCUCGCUUAGAGCUCAGUGCUGCACUGACUGGAGCUCAACUAGCCAAACUGCUACAUACUGAGCUCACCAUACCUAUAAGGCAGACUACUAUGUGGUCAGACUCUACGACUGUACUCAGCUGGAUCCAGUCUGACUCGUCUCAAUAUAAGGUGUUUGUUGGGACGCGUAUAGGCGAAAUACAGGAUCUCACAGAUACUACUAGCUGGAGGUAUGUUCCAUCUGAGCAAAACCCGGCAGAUGACAUCACACGGGGAAAGUCACUACACCAGCUGUCACAACCUACCCGCUGGAAGAAUGGACCUGAUUUCCUGUAUGCUCACCCUACUCAAUGGCCAGCUACCCACACCGUAAAAUCAGAAGAUGCAGGUGAGCUCAGGAAAUAUACAUUCUGCGGUCAGCUCACUGUCUUCGACGCAUCUGCUCCUGACCCAGCACAGUACAACAACUGGUCUGACCUACUGCAGGCUACUCACCAGUCCCUUCAUGGGGCGGCAGCGCUUCCUAUGUCUGCUUCCGACCGACUAGAUACAGAGGUAGUCCUUCUCAGGCGAGCACAGAGCGAAAGCUUCCCAGAGGAAAUCAACGCCCUGCAGCAUUCUCACCCUGUCCGGCCUACCAGUCGUCUCAGUCCACUCUCACCAGAGUAUGACCAGACUCUGGGCCUUAUCCGAGUUGGGGGUCGUCUCCGUAAAGCGGAGGAUCUGCCUGAGGACACUGUUCAUCCUAUUGUUCUUGCGCCUGAUCACCCCAUUACACAGCUGUUGGUGCAAGACUAUGAUGAUCGCUUACUCCAUGCAGGCCCUGAGCGAGUCUUCGCAGAGAUCAGAAGGACCUAUUGGAUCCUCAGAGGCCGCCAAGCCAUCAAGAAACACCAGCGGCAGUGCUUGGAGUGUCGCAAGUGGCGCAGUAAGCCAGUGAUACCUAAAAUGGCAGACCUCCCAGCGGCUCGACUCCGACUCAACAAGCCCCCAUUCUGGUCGACUGGUGUGGACUGUUUCGGUCCAUAUACGGUCAAGAUAGGACGGCGACAGGAGAAACGAUGGGGCAUUGUGUUCAAGUGUCUCACUACUAGGUGUGUUCAUCUUGACCUACUGCCUAGUAUGGAUACAGAUUCAUUUCUCUUGUCUCUCCGCCGCUUCAUCGCUCGAAGAGGGAAACCCUUCGAGAUCUUAUGCGAUAGAGGCACUAACUUCCGUGGUGGAGACAAGGAGCUUCAGGAGGCAUUUGAGGCACUCGAACCAUCGCUCCGGGAACAGCUAGCAACACAGUGCAUCACUUUCAGAUUUAACCCACCUCUGGCUCCACACUUCGGUGGAACGUGGGAGAGGGAAAUUAAAUCUGUAAAGGCAUCUCUCCAAACCAUCCUGAAGGACCAGGCCAUCCCUGAGGAGGUCCUGCUGACUGUCCUCAUUGAAAUUGAGGGAAUCCUCAAUUCCAAGCCGCUAGGCUAUGCAUCAUCGGAUCUUGCUGAUCCUGAUCCCGUGACCCCCAACCUUCUGCUCAUGGGGCGGCGGGAUGCUUCGCUGCCUCAAGCUGUGUACGGUUCCAGUGACCUGCUAGGACGCCGCCGCUGGAGACACAGUCAGGUACUUGCUGACCAUUUCUGGGGUCAGUUCACCCGCAAGUACCUUCCUGGUCUCCAACCACGCCAGAAGUGGCGGAACUCGACGUCAGACCUAGCCGUGGAUGCGGUCGUCAUGGUAGUCGACCCACAGCUCCCGAGAGCUCUAUGGCCAGUUGGACGCAUCACCAGGAUCAUCCACAGCGACGAUGGCAAGGUCCGCACUGCAGAGAUUGACAUCAAGGGCAAACUCUACACACGUCCUGUCGCCAAACUGAUAGAGCUCCCAAGGAUGCCUGAUGACGGAGAUACCAGCGCUCCCUAGCCCAGCAGCGACCUUUCUGUUACUGCGCAUUCGUCCUACGAAUCCGGGGGCGGCUGUGGAAAACUCCCUGCUGGACAGAUGAGCCUACGUCACUCCUUGGACUCACGUAUUGUGCACAUGCGCAAAUACUCCCUUUUCCUUUGUAGUACGUUGCCAAACACGAGUACAGCUGCUCUUAAUGUUGCACGUUAAUCAUAUAAACGUUCUGUUGUGUUGCCGUGUGCGUUAUUGAAAACAAAACCACACACACACACACACACACACAUACAAACACACCCCCACUUAAACACACAAAGAACACAUACCAUUGCAAGCAACAAGCACUUUAUUCACCUGCUGGAACUGGAUUUAAAUAAAUCUGUUGAACGAAACCAAAGGUUGCAGCGACUCUCUUACCGGAGUACAUAGCCAGUUCGGGUAGCAGCCAGCGAAUAAUGCACACGGA